GUCAUCCCUGAUAUCGAUAAGGGAACCCCUCCAAAAAAGAAAUCCCUCGCCGCGCCUCCAGCGAAAAAGGGCUGCGCACCACUUCUCCCGAACAGAUGCCUCACUCUGAAUCCCCAACCAUGGCUCCUGCUAUCGUUGUCGACAAGGCCGGCGCCGCCCCUGCGCCCUCGCACGAAGACGUGGCCUCCUUUCUCAGCAGCAUCGUCACGGCAAAGACAUCGCACGCCUCGGUCGACGCCGCCUAUGCCCUCACCACGCUUCUCCAGAACUCGGUCGGCUUCCGCGGCCUCGGUGGCUAUGGCGUGCUUGAAGAGAUCAAGAAGUCGGCUGGCAACAAGAAGGAUGCCGUGCGCAGAGAGGGCGCCAUGAACGCCCUCGGCGCCCUGUUUGAGCGCUUCCCGCGCACGCAGCGCAUCGCAGAGGUCGUUUUCCUCGUCCAGGAAGCAGGCCUCGUCCCGCUGGCGCUCGACCUGAUGUCGGACAAGACUGGCCCCGUCAAGGAGUCGGCCAAGUAUGCGCUCGACUCGCUCUUUGACAACCUGGGCGCCGAGGCCAAGGUGUUUGGCCUCCUCCCCGUGCUCACAAAGUACCUGGCCAAGAAAUCCGGAAAGUGGCAAGGCGCUGCUUUUGCCUACGAGCUUAUCGGCCGCAUGGCUGACAAGGCCAAGAUGGGCAUGGAGAGCCUCGAGGUAGAGAGGGAAAAAGACGUUCUGCGGGACGCCAUGGGAAAAAAGCUCGAGGGUCUUAUUCCUGUUGUCGAGUCUGGCAUGCAUGACCUCAAAUCUGAGGUCGCAAAGCAAGCUGUCAAGACCAUGAACAGUCUCACUACCCUCCUCCAGAACGACGACAUCGCGCCCCGGAUACCGCUCCUCGUCAAGGCCAUCGAAGACCCCUCCACACAGAGUCUGCAAAAGGCCAUCCACGCCCUCUCACAGACAACCUUUGUCGCUGUUGUUACAUCGCCCGUUCUCGCCAUGGUCACGCCCUUGCUUGAGCGCUCCCUGAACACCCCCACAACUACCCAGGAAGUUACUCGCCAGACAGUUGUUGUGGUCGAGAACUUGACCAAGCUCGUCCACGACCCUAUCGAGGCACGCACUUUCCUGCCUAAGCUCCGCCCCGGUGUGCAGGCUGUCAAAGACCGCGCGUCUCUGCCCGAAGUUCGCGAGAUUGGACAGCGUGCUUUGGACGUUAUCGAAAAGGCCAUGGCCGAUCCCGACCACAAAGUCGAUAGUGGUGCCGUUGAACGUGUCCAGCCAUCUGAUGUCCAGAAAACACUGGAGAAGGAAAUCGCUGCUGCCGGCAACAUGCUCAACUUCCCUGGCGAUGCCGAGAUCUGGAACCUUACUAAGAUUUACAUUUCGGACAUGAUUGCUGAGGUUGCGAACCAGCGGCAGCUCGACCGCAUCCCCAAGCUCGUCGCGCCCUACUUGGAGCCCCUUCUGAACACUGGGGAUGCUGAUAAGGUCGCCGAGGCCGUCCGCAAAUUCUACGUUGACGAAGACCACCGCAAGUUCGGUCAGCCUGUCAAGGAAGAUGACGGAGAGGUCGAGAUUGUCAACGCCACCUUCUCUCUGGGUUACGGUGGUAUGUUGCUUCUUUCGCACACGAACCUUCGUCUGCUCAAGGGUCAUCGUUAUGGUCUCUGUGGCCGCAACGGUGCUGGAAAGUCUACGCUCAUGCGCAGUAUUGCAAGUGGCAAGCUAGAAGGCUUCCCGCCCCAGGACGAAGUCAAGACCUGCUUUGUCGAGCACAACCAGGGUGAGGACGCUGAUCUCUCGAUUCUGGAGUACAUUGUCCGCGACCCCCGCUUUGCCAAUGAGAGCAAGGAGCGCAUUUCCGAAGUUCUCGAGGAAGUUGGUUUCACCUCUGGACCGGAAGGUAGGCAAUCGCACAAGGUCGGCUCCCUCUCUGGAGGUUGGAAGAUGAAGCUCGCUUUGGCCCGUGCCAUGCUGAUGCGCGCCGACGUGCUCCUUCUCGACGAGCCGACGAACCAUUUGGAUGUUGCCAACGUUGCAUGGCUUGCAAAGUACCUCAAGUCGCACAGCGACGUCACCAGCUUGAUUGUCUCCCACGACUCGGGUUUCCUCGACGAAGUCUGCACAGACAUUUACCACUACGAACAGAAGAAACUCGUCUGCUACAAGGGCAACCUCGCUGACUUUGUCCGCCAAAAGCCCGAGGCCAAGAGCUACUACACCCUGUCUGCUACCCAGGUCCAGUUCAAGUUCCCUCCCCCUGGUAUUCUCACUGGUGUCAAGUCCAACACUCGCUCCAUCUUGCGCAUGACCAACUGCUCGUACACUUAUCCCGGAGCCUCCAAGCCUUCAUUGGUUGAUGCUUCGUGCAACUUGUCUCUGUCAUCUCGUGUGGCCAUUAUUGGUGCCAAUGGUGCUGGAAAAUCCACGCUCAUCAAGAUGCUUACCGGAGAGACGAUCCCUCAGGAAGGAACUGUGGAGAAGCACCCCAACUUGCGUAUUGGUUACAUCAAGCAGCACGCUCUUGAGCACGUCGAGAUGCACUUGGAGAAGACGCCCAACCAGUACCUUCAGUGGCGAUACGCCAACGGUGAUGACCGCGAGGUGCUUAUGAAGCAGACCCGUGUCCUCAGUGAAGAGGACAAGGCCCAAAUGGAGACCCCGAUUGACCUUGGUGAUGGCAGGGGCCCCCGCAAGAUUGAGGCGCUUAUUGGUCGCUCCAAGUACAAGAAGACAUUCCAGUACGAGGUCAAGUGGCGCCACAUGCUGCCCAAGUUUAACUCGCACAUCUCUCGUGAGACUCUUCUUGAGAAGGGUUUCGCCAAGCUUGUCCAGGAAUUUGACGACCAUGAGUCUUCGCGUGAAGGUCUUGGUUAUCGUGUUCUUGAGCCCAAGGUCAUCUCCAAGCAUUUCGAGGAUCUGGGCUUGGACCCUGAGAUUGCAAACCACAACGAGAUCUCUGGUCUUUCUGGAGGACAGAAGGUCAAGGUCGUGCUUGCUGGUGCCAUGUGGAACAACCCACAUCUUCUCGUUCUCGACGAGCCUACGAACUUUUUGGACCGUGACUCUCUUGGUGGUCUCGCUGUUGCUAUUCGUGACUACAAGGGUGGUGUCAUUAUGAUUUCUCACAACGAGGAAUUCGUUGGUGCUCUCUGCCCCGAGCAGUGGCAUGUUGCCGACGGUCGCGUCACUCACAAGGGCCACCUUGCCGUCAACAUGGACCGCUUUGAAGACUCGCGCCCAGGAUCCAGCAACGUCAGCAGCAACGUGAGCUCGGCAGCGCCCUCUUCCACUGGUACUCCUGUCAUGAGCGAGGCCGAGGGUGGCAAGGACGACAUGAAGUUCAGGGCGAGGAAGAAGAAGAAGAUGACCAAGAAGGAGCUCAAGGAGAGGGAGGUUAGGAGAAGAUUGAGAUACAUUGACUGGUUGAACAGCCCCAAGGGCACACCCCAGCCUCCCAACACGGACGACGAGGCCGAAUAGAUGUUUUCAUGACGUUUUGGGUUUACGAUCGCACGAUGAUAUCUUAGACUUUGCAGAAUUGCAUGGCUCGGCGUUAUAUAGAGGUUUGGAGGGAUGGUUGCCUGUUUGCUGCACCACGCGAUAGACGUGAAGCUCUUUCGUCUGACAGUAUCCUUAGUUAUGACCAAAAGUU